UGCUGUUUGAGGACUUCAAAAAUAUAAAUAGAAUAUAUUUCGAUUUGCAAAUGUACAUUUUUGUCCACACGGUUACCAUUGCUUCACCAUGAUGAAACGUAAAGGACGUGGCUUAACUGGAGGACAAAGGCGACUAUUUGUUUUUAUUGUUUCCUUCAUUUUGUCGUGGAGCAGAGGUUACGCCCAGAUCAGAUAUUCCAUUGCGGAAGAGGUGAAAGAAGGAAGUGUUGUGGGGAACAUCGCAAAGGAUUUGGGGCUCGACAAGACCACGCUGAAAGAGAGAGGAUACCGCAUCGUGGAGGGCUCAUCAGAGCCGUUUUUUAGCGUCAACAAUGGAGACGGGCUGCUAUAUGUUGACCGAGUCAUCGACAGGGAGAAGGUGUGCGAGCGGAGCAGCGUGUGUGUGAUCCAACUCAAAACAUUGUUGGAAAACCCGCUGGAAAUCCACUACGUGAGCGUAGAGGUGCUGGACAUUAACGACCACUCUCCAAGCUUCUCAGUGAACGCGUCACGUCUGGAAAUUUCAGAGUCCGCUCUGCCAGGAUUGCGCCUCCAGUUGCAAGCUGCACAUGACCCCGACGUCGGGCCGUUUUCCAUCCAGGAGUAUAAACUCAGUGCAAAUGACCAUUUUCGUUUGGAAGUUAAAGAACGAGGAAAAGAUGGUAAAAUACCAAUUUUAGUGCUGUUCAAGUCGCUCGACAGAGAAACAAAGAGCAAACACAAAUUGCUCCUGUCAGCCGUUGACGGUGGAAAACCGAGUAGAUCCGGAACUGCUGAAAUAUGGGUGCAUGUUUUGGAUGUUAAUGAUAAUAUGCCUGUUUUCACUGAAGAAAAUUAUUCAGUGCUUCUUAAUGAAAAUGCUCCAAUUGGCAUAACUGUUAUACAAGUAAAUGCCACUGAUUUAGAUGAGGGCAUUAAUAGUGAAAUUAUCUAUACAUUAGGUAAUAAUGUAAAAAGCAGAAUACGUGAACUGUUCCGUGUAGAUCCUCACACAGGUGUAAUUACUGUACAAGAUCUGAUUGAUUCUGAAUUAGAAGAGAGCUAUGAGAUUGACAUACAGGCUUCUGAUAAAGGAUUAGCUCCUUUCCGAACAGAAAAAAGCGUUGUAGUAAAAAUAAUUGAUUUAAAUGACAACACGCCACAGAUAGAGGUGACAUCAUUUUCCAGAGCAAUAGCAGAAGAUUCAAGACCGGGAACCACCGUCGCAUUAAUAAGUGUUCUUGAUAAAGACUCUGGUCUCAAUGGAAAAGUCAUUUGCUCACUCAGUGAAAACGUUCCUUUUAUAUUGUCACCUUCAACUCAAGACAACAUGUAUUCUAUAAUUACAAAAUCGGCAUUGGAUAGAGAACAGCAGUCCAUAUAUGAGGUUACAGUAGUUGCAAGGGAUGCAGGUGUGCCGUCUUUGUCCUCUGACGAAAGCAUAACUAUUGUUGUGUCAGAUGUGAAUGACAACAGUCCAGAGUUUUCCUCGCGCCCUUACACAUUUUAUGUUACUGAAAACAAUCCUUCAGGCCAAUCAGUGUUUUCUGUGAGCGCAUUUGACCACGACGAAGGCGAUAAUGCCCUCAUUUCAUAUCAUAUUUUAAGAGAGGGAAGAGAAAAGGAACACGUUUACUUGCACAGCCUGAAUAUCAAUUCAGAAAAUGGACAAAUAUCAGCUUUAAAAAGUUUCGACUUUGAGACGCUGAAAAGUUUCCAGUUCCAAGUGGUGGCCAGGGAUAGUGGGAGUCCUCCUCUGAGCAGCAACGUGACAGUGAAGGUGUUCGUUCUGGAUCAGAACGACAACGCACCAGUCAUCCUGUAUCCAGUCAGCUCCAACGGUUCUGCCCAAGGUGUGGAGGAGAUUCCCCGUAACAUCAAAGCGGGAGACUUGGUGACCAAAGUCCGAGCCUACGACGCCGACAUCGGCUAUAAUGGCUGGUUGCUCUUUUCGCUGCAGCGAGUCAGCGACCACAGUCUGUUUUCUUUGGACCGCUACACGGGCCAGAUCAGAACGCUUCGCUCCUUGACGGAGACGGACGAGGCAGAGCAUCGCCUGCUCGUCCUGGUCAAAGACAACGGCAACGUGUCGCUCUCUGCGACAGCUACCGUGACCAUCAAACUUGUGGAGCCCAAAGAGGCUUUUGCGGCUUCCGACGUGAAAAGUGCGGCCACGGUGGACGAGGAAGACAGCGUGACUUUUUACCUCAUGAUCACUUUGGGCGCGGUGUCGCUCCUAUUCGUCAUCAGCAUCGUGGUGCUGAUCGCCAUGCAGUGCUCCAAAUCCACCGAGUACACUUCCAAAUAUCUGCAAGAAACCAAUUAUGAUGGCACGCUAUGUCACAGCAUCCAGUACAGAUCGGGAGACAAACGCUACAUGUUAGUUGGACCUAGAAUGAGUAUCGGCUCCACCAUAGUACCGGGCAGCCACGCCAACACGCUGGUGCUCCCUGACAGGAGACACACUUCUGGCGAGGUAAGACAGUUUUUCUAA